AUGAAGGCCAACGAGACAACGUUACCACCUACGAUCACAACAAAUGAUGCAAUGAUCGUGCCAAAGAAAUAUUCAGGCAGUUAUUUGUCUAUGCGUGCGAAUCAUCAAGCAUCUCUUCUUUAUUUAUUAAAAAAAUUGAAAAAUAUUUCUGAAGGAAAAAAAUGUAAAAAGGUUCAUAGUCAAGCAUCAUUGACAGCUUAUUUAAUUAAUGUUUCUGUCGUUCUCAUUCAAUCGUUUUUCCGCAAUAAUAAAAAUCCAUCGAACAAUUGA